UCGCCCGCGGUGCGCGCGCCGGGCGGGGAGCGCUCCGUCUGUCCGCGUCCGGCCCAGCCAUGGACCACCAGGAGCCCUACUCGGUGCAAGCCACGGCGGCCAUCGCGGCGGCCAUCACCUUCCUCAUCCUCUUCACCAUCUUCGGCAACGCGCUGGUCAUCUUGGCUGUGUUGACCAGCCGCUCGCUGCGCGCCCCGCAAAACCUGUUCCUGGUGUCGCUGGCCGCCGCCGACAUCCUGGUGGCUACGCUCAUCAUCCCUUUCUCGCUGGCCAACGAGCUGCUGGGCUACUGGUACUUCCGGCGCACAUGGUGCGAGGUGUACCUGGCACUCGACGUGCUCUUCUGUACCUCGUCCAUCGUGCACCUGUGCGCCAUCAGCCUGGACCGCUACUGGGCUGUUAGCCGCGCGCUGGAGUACAACUCCAAGCGCACCCCGCGCCGCAUCAAGUGCAUCAUCCUCACCGUGUGGCUCAUCGCAGCUGUCAUCUCGCUGCCGCCCCUCAUCUACAAGGGCGACCAGGGCCCCCAGCCCCGCGGGCGCCCCCAGUGCAAGCUCAACCAAGAGGCAUGGUACAUCCUGUCCUCCAGCAUCGGAUCUUUCUUUGCUCCCUGCCUCAUCAUGAUCCUUGUCUACCUGCGCAUCUACCUGAUCGCCAAACGCAGCCACCGCAGAGGCCCAAGGGCCAAGGCGGGGCCUGGGAAGGGUGAGUCCAAGCAGCCCCGACCCGUCCCUGGGGGGACUUUGGCCUCAGCUAAGCUGCCAACCCUGGCCUCUCCUCUGGCUUCUGCGGGAGAGGCCAAGGGACGCUCCAAGACCACUGGGGAGAAGGAGGAUGGGGAGACCCCUGAAGAUGCUGGGAGCCGGUCCUUGCCACGUAGCUGGGCUGCCCUUUCCAACUCAGGCCAUGACCAGAAGGAGGGUGUUUGUGGGGCAUCUCCAGAGGAGGAAGCCGAUGAAGAGGAGGAGGAGGAGGAGGAAGAGUGUGAGCCUAAGGCAGUGCCAGUGUCUCCUGCCUCAGUUUGCAGCCCAUCUCUGCAGCAGCCACAGGGCUCCCGGGUGCUGGCCACCCUACGUGGUCAGGUGCUCCUGGGCAGGGCUGUGGGUGUUGUGGGUGGGCAGUGGUGGCGUCGACGGGCACAGCUGACCCGGGAGAAACGGUUCACCUUCGUGCUGGCUGUGGUCAUCGGUGUCUUUGUCCUCUGCUGGUUCCCCUUCUUCUUCAGCUACAGCCUGGGCGCCAUCUGCCCGAAGCACUGCAAGGUGCCCCAUGGCCUCUUCCAGUUCUUCUUCUGGAUUGGCUACUGCAACAGCUCACUGAACCCUGUCAUCUACACCAUCUUCAACCAGGACUUUCGCCGUGCCUUCCGAAGGAUCCUUUGUCGCCAGUGGACCCAGACAGCCUGGUGAGCCCACCUGCUGCUGCCUGUGUGGGGUUGGUGCCAAGUGGCACCAGGGCCACCAUGCUGCUUGCCCUGCUUUGUGUGGCCGCCUUCCUGGGGUAUUCUGGUUCUUGCCCAGAUCCUGCAGGGCUCAUCUUAAGAGCCCCUUGGGUGGGGUGGGGCAGAGGUGCUGGUCCCAGGGGUUCACGUGAAACCUCCCUUCCUGGCUUGGCUUUGGGGGACCUCUUCUCCACCCCUUGCCUGAUCACAGGCACAUGGAUGAGGCUUGCAGGUUCUUGAAUGUAGCCAAGGCCUGGCUAGAAUACAGCAUCUUCCUCCCAGAACCCCAGACCUUUACAGGCCAAUGGGUGGGCUUCCUCUUCUUGAGGACCCUGUGUUCUUCAGCAGGUCGCUUGUUUGUGGUAUUUUUGUUUCUAUUUCAUCUCCCCCCACCCACAAAGAGCAGGAAGCCAGCCUUCCACUUUUCCCAGGAGGGCCUACUGCUGAGGAGGAGGAAGAAAUGAAGACUGUUCACCCACGUUGGGCAGUCAUGGUCCCCAUUAGGCACUGGGAUGAGGGGUUCACGGGAUGGCACUGUCUCUGGGACCAUCUUUCCCCUGCUUUUGGAUUUGUGGAUCCUUUAAAGGCCAGACCGUGGAUCUGUUUCCUCACCCAGCACCCCUCUGGAAGGGGGGUGGGCACAUGGCUGCCUCGGUGGGGCAGUCAGGAGGCCUGGCCUCUGCCUCGACGGGAGAUGCCCGAUCACUGGCAUUCACCCCCUGCAAAAACCAGGGUAACAAUAGCUUGCUGCCUACUUGCUGCAGGGAGAUGAGAGGCUUUGCAGAACACUUUGAGCUCCAUGGGGGAAUGCACUAGAGAGCCAGAAAAUGUGAUUAUCUGGUGAUGUAAAAAUCCCUUUUCUCCGUGUUUACCACCACCUGUCUUCCUGUAGACUUUUGUUCUGUGCCUGGGGUGUGUGAAUUCCUACCCCAAACUGGAAGUGGGGAGUGGCAGACAGAAUCACUGUUUCAAGUUAAAGGAUUUCUUUGAGAAUGUGUUCUUGUGCCUGCAAAGAUGGAGUUAUUAUGCUGCAUGACAACUUUUCAACAUUUCAUCUGCAACACCAAGAGGGUUUUCAGUGGCUUGCGCCACCGCCCGCCCCCCGACCCCGUAAGUGGGGGAUAAGUCUUUUGUCACCAAGCAGGCAAAUUGUUUCCCCAAGAUGGCUCAAAAUACCCAUACCAUGGGAACGGUCUAAGAUAAGAGCCUGUGGCAAGUGGCAGAGCCCCCAGGUGGGGUGUUGCCAUGGGGGUCCCAUAGACCCCUGGGGGAGCCUUCAGCUGGAGUACCCAAGCAGGUCUCCAAGUCCCAAAUGAGUCCUUGUGAAGCAUAACUAAUCCCAUCUCAGAUGGGUGCCUGCUGGCCGCUUCAGACCCUGCCACAUUGGCCCCCCAACCUCCACAAUAAGGGCCCCCCCUUUCUCAUUCCACCCCACCCAGAACAAUUGGAAAUAUGGAAAGGAUGUUUGCCAGUCUUCCCUGUGGGGGUGCCUGGCUUCAGCCUUGGGCCCGGGGCAUCUUAGCUUGGGUGGUGUUGGCACCACAUGGACCUGUCAGAUUUGGAAGGGUGUGAGUGGGUUUUCUGGGGUGGAGAAGAUGGGGGGGAGACAAAAAGGAGUCCCCCCUGGGGGUUGCUUUCCAGCCUGGCCUUUGGUUGAUUGCAGCUGUGAGGCCACAUUGUCACCCUGGGGCGUGGCUGGGGGACUGGGCCCAAGGGAGGGACGGACUUGGGACCAUCUGCUGACUGAUCUUGUGUGUGCCCCAUGGGAGCCCCAGUGUUGCCUGUGACCCCUUGUUGUGACAUGCAGG